AUGCUAAUCAACGAGAAUACAUACCCACAGCGCAUUGCUUCUGCACUAAAAGAGACUCUAAACAUGCUUCCAAUGCACAACGAGAUAAUAAAUCUUUUUAAAGAAGCCAGAGGUCCCGGAUCAUGCCAGGGAGUGCUUAAAGAGUUAGGUGACAUCCUCAUUAUGACGACCGCUAGAUCACAACAGAAAUUCUAUCUCCCAAUUCUGCUAGCAAAACACAUGUAUGCUGAGAAAAGUGUAGAUGUGAAAUGGAACUUUGGAGGUGCUCAAAUGAUAACUCAGAUUUCGGACUUCAUGUCAAAGACGAAAUUAAUCAUCAAAUCUGGAGGAUCGUCUUUACAAACGGCUGAGGUAAUAUUUCAUGCCAUCUUUGGAACUUAUCUAGAAGACAUUGGGGUGUUGGGAGAGAUAACCACUAGAGGGGGAUGGUCCAAACGUAAAGCCCUAAACCCUGUUUUCAAAGAUAGAAGUAGUAAGCCCGCAAUUGUUGUCACACCGGUAGUACAUAAAUAUGUGUCCAAAAUGGCUCAAUCAUUGUUGACGAAGACCUUAGGCAACACCGAGCCGUGUUACACCACUAGACCGUCAUUUAAUGGCAAGAGAAAAAGGACUUUCAAUGAUGCUUUCAAAUCUUACCUGGAUUCGGGCAAAAUAAUGUCGUCAUACUCCUCAGAUCCCAUACAGCUUCAGCUGGCCCUAAGGAAAUUGAAGGAUGAAUUAAGGAAGGAUAUGGAAGCGGGAAAGUUGGAAGAUGUGGGGAACAAAAACUGGUUGGAGAGGGGCAGUGAUGGAGUAUGGGCUGCAUCUGAAAAAGUUCCCGUGGAAAAAGGAAUAUCUUUCUGGGGACCGGGAGACUCUGUUUAACUUUCUUGUAAAAACGCUAUUUU